AAAGCACUUUCCUCUUUUCCAAUUUACCAUUAGUCCGUAAACCAUCGAGUGCAAUGGAUCCUCUCAAUACCACCGAUACCCGAAUUUCGCGCACCUUCCAGACGACGAGUCCGCUUCUGAACUUGAUCUUGGCCGCUAGCAUCCUCAGCAAGUUGGCCCAGGGCAAAUCUCAAGCACCAUGGUUUCCCUACAGACCGAUUAUUGGAUAUUAUCCUCAACCUCUUCUCUACCCCAUUGAUCCGCUGGUUUUCAGACCCGCUCAAAGUACACCUCUAAACCAACAGCAAAUAAUUCAUAUACACGAUACACCUGGUUACAACCCUGAUGGCGAGACGUACGAGGAUAACACCAAUAAGUAUACACAAAACAUAAACAAUUUCCCGCCAGCUCAGGAAGAAGAAGAAGAAGAAGAGUUUAUCGAAGGGUCGGAAAACAUAAAACUAAACGAUUCUUUACUAGUGGAUUUGAUCAUGAAUCAGAAUAUUAGCGAAAAUCAUUUCCUAACCACGACCACCGAAGAUCCUCAAGAGGAGCAGUACCAGGAUGAGUUAGAGACCGCCGGAACUAAUGUAAAUAGGAGAAGACAAAGACCGAGCGAAUAUAGUGAAUACAUCGAUGAGUAUCAGGAAGCCCCAAAACCGAAACGUCGCACCACCCCAGCGAGGCGCAGACAACCUUCCAGGGUGAACUCCAGAAUUGGCCAAUACAGAACUACAACGCCAGAACCUGAGUAUUAUGAAGAUUAUGAUUACAGUACAGUUAAACUAAUUAGAAAGAAUCCGUUAUUGCGCGUGCCUUCUAAGAGACGCACAACAACUACAAGUUACGAAGAGGAAGAUUAUCUGGUGCAACUUCCCAAUCGCAUGAAGACUACUAGAAUCAAUAGAAUUAACAGAAGAACGACUAAACCAGCGUAUUACGAUGAUGAUGCCGAUGAGUAUGACCAAGAUUAUGCAAUGUUAGAUAGGCCACAAGAUCGUACGUUUAGACAGAGCGCAACUACAACCACAACCGCAAUGACUACUACUACAACUACUGAUUCCAGCACGACAACAAUGCAACCAAAUACUACAACGACAGCAUCUCCGAACAAUACCAAUAACGCGUAUGGUCCUCCAGCUAAUAACCAUCCAGGUUAUGGUCCAUCAAACGGUAAUGAAAAUAUUAGCAUUACCUACGGACCGCCUGCAGCGUCGCAGUUUUGGGAUUCCUGGUACAAUCAAUACAGUAAGUCAUCGGUGAUUAGAAGGAUUCAAGAGUUGCUGACACCUAGCAACUACUACAGUCCGCAGCAAGAGACCGACGACUAUUACAAUGGCGUCUUUUAGUUUCGUAAUACUACGAGUGGUAGAGGAGUAUCGUAUUUAUUUGUGAGUUUGUUAUUUUUAUGGGAAUACAAUAAAUGUUUUAUUUUUCAACCGAAAUUCCGAAGCUGCAUUAAAGGAAAGUAACGUUCCAUGUCACAAUGGCGUUUCAGAUUGCCACGCAGAUAAUGUAUAAUAUAUAAAUAUGAAUGAAGGACA